GACAGCAGGUACCAUCAGGUCCAGAACCCCUGCAGGAGCUCAGGUUGGUCCUUCUCAUCAGCAGCCAUGGCGUUCUCCUGUGUUGCAGCUCUCCUUGUUGUGCUGGCGGUCACUCAUGGAUGUGAAGCCGUGUCUCUGGUGAGGCGGGACGCCCCGUCCAACGUGGACAAGCUCACCCAGCUGAUCGAGAACAUGUCCGCCAGCAUCACCGCUGCAACCCAGGAGAUGGUGGACAAGAUGAAGGCGCUUGAGAUGACCAGCACCGCCCAGGCUUACAUGGAGGACAGCAGGGCUAAGAUCCAGCCUCUGGUGGAGCAGGUCCAGGCUGAGGCCACCAAGCUGCAGGAGCAGGUCAAACCCUACAUCUCCAACAUUGAGGAGCACAUCAGACCUCUGACCGACAACUUCAACAGCCACGUCAAGCCCCUGACCGACAACUUCCACGAGCAGGUCAAGCCGCUCACCGACAUGAUGGAGAAGCUUUUCCAGCAGGUGGUGGACCAGUCUAAAGCCCUGCUGCCGCCCCAGUAAACCUGACUGCUCUGGUGUCUGUCUGUCCAGUUUUUAAUUUAUCUAAAGGUGUGUGAAAUAAAGGCUCUGAAAGUUUGA